CUGCAAACACUUGUUUUAGAAACAGCAACUGAUAAUCAAUGUACAAAAUCGUGCCGUACGCAUUUUGAUACAGCAACGGUUGAUGGGGACUAUUUCAAACAAUGGCUUUAUACACGUGGUUUCUAGUUGGAUUGCUUUGCAUUGUCGCUAUCAUCGGAAUACCAGGUAACAUUCUGGUUAUUGUAGUCUACUACUCCAAAACAAAGCGAAAUGGGACCCGUGUGUUUAUCUUAGCCCUAGCUGGAGUGGACUUCUUCAUCUGUGCCCUUUCAUCUUAUCGAUUUUAUUUCUGGAUUGAGGAGACUAGUUUCUCAGACGUCUUCGUCUGCCGACUGUUCACAUGGACUGGCUUGGCUAGCGAGUUAUCCUCCGCGUUCGUGACCACAGCAGUAGCCGUGGAUCGCUACCUAGCCAUAUGCCGGCCGCAUCUAGGAUGGAUGACGCACGCACGCGCGCAAAACUUGAGCUUAGCUGGUAUAAUUGCCUCUGCUUUCCUCACUUUACCCGCUUUUCUAAUCUACGAUGUUAUUACUGAAACUGUAAAUGGAGAGGUAACGACUCAAUGCAAGACUAUUAAUGACGUUAAAGAGUGGGUAUUCAUAGCCUUGUUUCUAAUCGUUAUUGCCUUCGCUGGUAUGAUGACGCUAUCGUUAAUCAUGUACUUGCUCAUCUAUAGAGAAGUCCGAAAGCGACUGAAAGUCAAGCCUGCUUUGGUGAAAGUUGCCCAAGUAGAGAACAUCACUGAACAAGAACGACCUCCGCCAAUGUCAAGUCUGCUCGAAGUGGCUGAUAAUAUGGAAUCCAUUAUAGGUAUAUCAAUCAAACCACGACAGAGUAGGAAUACUCGCCGACACAGCAUUGGAGGAGUUGAAGGGAUUGCAAGUAAACUUUGCCAGGCUCAUCAGACCCGGGGUCAGCGCGCCGGAUCGCCCGUGGCAAAGCGCAUGAGUCUACGGGAUCGGUUCGUAGCUGCGACAACAUCCCGCGAUAAGAGCUCCUCCCUGGUCAACAAACACUUGACUUUAACCGCUUUGGGGUCAUCCAGCGAGGACACAGACAACCCUAAGACCAAACUGAACAACGGACAGAACGAAACCGUCGAUCAACCCAAGAUUAAGAAGAACAAGACAGGCAAGAUGCUCCUUCUGGCUACCGUCGUCUUUGUAGUGACAUGGUCGGCACGUUGGAUAAUGUGGAUUAUAUCAUACCUCUUGCAUGCAGAGUGGACAUAUUUGGAACGAAAUAAUGAAGUCAGUUUUGCGUUUUUGAUCCUCUUGCAGCAUUUGUACUACACCACGCCCGCAGUCAACCCCGCUAUUUAUAGCUUUGUUAAUAACAGAUUCAGGGAGGAUUGUGUGAAGGUUUUACGUAGAAUGCGAUGGAGGUAAUCGGGAUUUUAUGAUUUCUUGAUAAUCAUUCCCAAGGAAUACAGUUGUAACUUAAACUUUAAUAUUGAAUUAGCACUAAAAAGAUGCACAUUACUUCCAAAACGUUAGUGCGCACGCGCUAUGUGCAAUUUACAUAUUUCAUGGGAAGGGUCUAUUGCCCUUCGCUCGUCCC